AAUGUCUAGGACAUAUGGAGUCUGAUCAUGCAAUCAAUUUGACUUGGUGACACAGGGUUCAUCCCGUCUGUUUCCUACUCGAAACAUUUACUCGAAUACCGCCGAGAUGCUUCGUCGAACCGUACGCUACAAGCGGACCAAGACGCAAGCAUUGUCUAGUAUUGUCCUAUAAGUAUUUGUGCGUCCCCAGCCUUUUUCUUUACCUCAUGUGUGCGUUAUGGUACACCUGUGGGAGGAGGAGCUAGCAUAGACAAACACCCAGGGCCGCUCUCCGUCGCAUUUCGCGGACGUUCAACCGACAUGCCUUCGUCCAGACCUAAACCUUCCGAAGUGGCCGCUGAUGCCAAGAGAAACUACAUACCGACAAUCCGGAGUCAAUAUGCGCAUCAAUGGCCGACUUAUUCUUAUCUUUUCCAACAACCUCUUCAACAAAUACCUCUACAGCCUCUGGGUGCUUCACUGCCACGUAAUCCUGAAUUCUAUGUGUGCACCGGAGACCCUGUUGAUUUUACCAUUGACUGGAAAGAGCGAGUGCGGACUCGUAUACCCUUCAUCUGCGUGGCUAACGACAAGCGCGCCGGCGGUGAUUGGGAGACUGGAGUCGCCGGAUACGAAGAACGACUGUGUAGGCGGAGUACGCUUUCAGCCACGCUGAGCGUACCCGGGCCCGGCUCUCAGCUUGACUCCAAUUAUCCCAUCCCAUCCGAGGGUGGCAUUUACUCGGAAUUUGUCGUAGUCUUUCGUGGCCCCCACGAUCAAUACAAGAAACUAGAUCAGUGGUAUGAUCUGCCCGUGGUCUCGAUGCCGGCAGUCCGGUGGCCGAAAUUGAGCCAGACGAGUCUGAAAUAUGCGUUUCCGAUCGAACGAACCUUGGUCAAGAACAAGAUCAGGUCAGCGCUUCGAAUUUGCGCAUAUUAUGGGCACAGAUCUGUAGUUAUCGGAGACUAUGGCCUGGGAAAUGGGCAUCGCAACCCACCACAAGAGCUGGCAGAGCUCUGGAGAGAGGUAUUCUUGUAUGAUCCAGACAUCCGCGGCCGCUUCGAUCACGUAGCUUUCGUCUUUGAGGAUGCGUAUCAGAGCACCACCAUGCUCAUUCUCGAGGAUAUCGCAAAGAAGAACAAACACAGCCACUCGAGCAGCUCCAAGGGAAAGUCGAAGGCGGCGGGUAGCUCGGGAUCACACUCAACUAGAGACCUAGCGACGCCGACCGAUUUUGAGAUUUUCCAACAUGUUUUUAGUGCAGGCGAGGUACAUCAAACCGUGAACCGUCCCGACCCUCGGUACGACAUUUCUAUGCUUACAAGCUAACCGCAGUCACAAUCUAACGGUUGUACGCCAUUGCACAGCAUUGGCAUCGCGGACAAUGCAACCUCAACCGGAUCUAUCCGAGCGCAGCCCUAAGAUAAUCCUAGUACUACGUGUGUCUUUU